AUGAUUUUGAUGACUGUGACACUAUCUGACUUGCUCCCAGUGCAGAAUACCUUGAUUCUCGGGAUACUACUCUUCGGACCUAGCAGCGUCAUUGCCGGUAGCUGCAUAGCCGAACCUCAGCAACGUUUUGAAAGUCGCUAUGAUGCCAGCUUCGUGAAAUGGGCGCAGCAAACAUGCAAAAACGCUGGAGGAAACCCUUCCGGCGGCAGCGAUGUUCUAGGCCAAGUGUGUAAGUUUCAGGGAGAAUCCCCACCUAGUGACCUACAGAAGGUCUGGCAUCCGAGGUUGUCAUCAUCUGGAGCAGCGAAUGUCGAGAUCCGGACUAAGUGGACCUGUAAAAAGGGUUGA